AUGGAACUAACUCCGGCGGCUUUAAAGGGCACGAAUCCAUGUCCGAUCUGCCUCGGCCCCAUCGUUCAAGAGUCUUAUCUCGACAAAUGUUUCCAUAAGUUUUGCUACGAUUGCAUUGUACAGUGGACUAGAGUCGUUUCCAGUAAGCAAUCUCUCUCGCCUUCUUCUGUAAACUGCCCUCUCUGCAACACAGAAAAUUAUUCACUAAUCCGCGGAUUCGACGGAACUUGGUUCGAACGGCGCUAUGUCAACCAGAAUUUUAGGGAUAGUUUUUCCUUUAUUACGAAAGCACACAAGUACAGAUUACAAUGCUACUGCACUGAACCUGCAGGUAUCUUAAACGCUGCUGCUGCAUUUGAUGUGUCAAGUUAUUGGAAUUCUGGGAAGUAUCUUCAGUCAAAUCAGUGGCUCCAGAGUUGGUUGAAGAGAGAAGUUCAAGCGUUAACGAAGGUGGAAGAUGUUGAUAUCAUUGUGCAUCACCUCAUUGGUGUGUUUGAUUCCUUCGUGAGAAGAAACGAGCAAAAACAUGUAAAAACAUCCGGGAUGAUACGAGAAGAGUUCAAGACUUUGGUAUCUGAUGCAGCAAGGCCGUUUAUACUAGAAAGAACAAAUCGUUUCGUGGACGAGAUUGAACUAUUCCUGGCUUCAGGCCUUAGCAUUGAAGCUUAUGAUGGAGAUUACGCGAACAAUCCUUCCACUCGCCAAUGA